ACAAUCGUGGAACGUGUGUGUACAAGCGACAGCAGACAGACACAGUAUGUCAAAACAACAGUGUAUUGUUGCUGUAGACACGCAAUAUUGAUUUCACUUCUAGUGUAACACUGGUCACGUGAAUCUCUUCGAGUGAGGAUCAAAGGCUUGAAGACAAAUGCGAUCGAUGCUCUCUCGUCGCUGUAUGUCGUCAUUUGUUUGAUCAGAUGUUUGAUACCGGAGUAGGAUGGGCUUUCGCACCUGGCACUGUUUACAUCAGAGCUUAAGCGGCUUCGCAGCUAGUGUUUGUUUACUCUCUUUAAAUUAGAACGCGAUCUGGUCAAACUAAGAAACAGGACGAAAGCGGACUUUUUUCCUAUUUUCCCUGAUGUCGGACUUCAGCUCGUCGGGUUCAGAUGAGGAUCUAGACCCGGAGUUAGAGAUACUGGACGAGCUCGGCGGCACGCUCAGCAAGUGGACAAACUACAUUCAUGGAUGGCAGGAUCGCUGGAUUGUGCUGAAGGGCAAUACUCUGAGUUACUACAGGUCAGCAGAUGAGAAGGAGUACGGCUGUAGAGGGUCCAUCUGUCUCAGCAAGGCUGUCAUCACGCCUCAUGAGUUUGAUGAAUGCCGUUUUGACAUCAGUGUGAAUGACAGCAUCUGGUACCUGAGGGCUGAACAUCCUUUGCUCCGGCAGCAGUGGAUCGAUACCGUUGAACUUCACAAGGCUGAGUCAGGCUAUGGGUCUGAGAGCAGUUUACGCCGCCAUGGCUCCCUACUGUCCCUCACCUCUGCUGCCAGCGGCCUCUCCACCACCUCCGCAUCCUCCUUCAAGAAGGGAUACAGCCUGCAGGAAAAGCUAGCGGAGAUGGAGACCUUCAGGGACAUUCUCUGCAGACAGGUUGACACACUGCAGAAGUAUUUUGACAACUGCGCAGAUAUUGACAGUAAAGAUGAUCUCCACAGGGACAAAGCAUCUGAUGAUGAGGAAGAUUUUCCAACCUCACGGCCUAAUGGAGAUUAUCUGCUAAACAACAACAACAGCAGUAAAGAGAAAUUAUUCUCUGUGGACAGCCUCAAAGGUUCCUUAGGCAUCGAUUUCAAAGGUGAAGCCAUCACGUUUAAAGCUACAACAGCAGGAAUCCUGUCCACACUGUCCCACUGCAUCGACAUUUUGGUCAAAAGAGAAGAGAGCUGGCAAAGACGACUUGAUAAGGAAAUUGAAAGGAGAAGACGUGCUGAAGACGCCUAUAAAGCUGCACUGACGGAGCUGAAGAAGAAGCCUCAUUAUGGAGGACCGGACUAUGAAGAAGGACCAAACAGCCUGAUCAAUGAAGAGGAGUUCUUCGAUGCUGUGGAAGCUGCAUUGGAUAAGCAUGACCAGAUCGAAGAGCAAUCGCAGGCAGAAAGGAGCUGGGCAUCUCGACAGAUCUCCCUCCCUCCAGACACCUAUUCCUCCGUCAGCACUCAGAAAUACUUGACUAAGCCUCGCAGUCAUACUUCCUCCUUGUCCUCGGUUGACCUCAUAAGUGCCUCCGAUGACGUGCACAGGUUCAGUGCUCAGGUUGAGGAGAUGGUGCAGAGCCACAUGACUUAUUCUCUACAGGAUGUGGGUGGAGAUGCUAACUGGGAGCUGGUUGUUGAAGAAGGGGAUAUGAAGGUGUACAGGAGAGAAGUGGAGGAGAAUGGCAUCGUUCUGGAUCCGCUCAAAGCUACUCAUGCUGUCAAAGGGGUUACAGGACACGAGGUCUGCCACUACUUUUGGGACACAGCUUUUCGGAAUGACUGGGAGACAACUGUUGAAAGCUUUCAAGUGGUUGAGACACUCUCAGAUAAAGCAGUUAUCAUUCAUCAGACACACAAGAGGGUAUGGCCUGCCUCCCAGAGAGAUGUGCUUUAUGUAUCAGUUAUCCGUAAAAUCCUCUCCACCAAUGAGAAUGAUCCAGACACGUGGCUGGUGUGCAACUUCUCAGUGGAUCAUGACAGCUAUCCACCCUCUGCUAGAUGCAUUCGUGCCAAAAUCAAUGUAGCCAUGAUCUGUCAAACUUUAAUCAGCCCACCAGAGGGAGACAAAGAGAUCACCAGAGACAACAUCCGCUGUAAAAUCACAUAUGUGGCCAAUGUAAAUCCUGGUGGUUGGGCCCCUGCAUCAGUCUUACGAGCAAUAGCCAAGAGAGAAUACCCCAAAUUCCUCAAACGCUUCACCUCGUAUGUUCAAGAGAAGAGCAGCGGUGAGGCUAUUCUCUUUUGAGCAACACCGGGUUGUUCAAUCUACAUUUCCAGUUUGCUUUCCAACUCUAAUGAAGUAACGCCUUAUACACAUCACUCACAACAAAGAGCUGCUCAGCCAAAGUGCUCUUGACACUCUUCAGAAACUUUGUCGAAGCGUUUCCAUACAGACUGAACAACAGCGGUACACCAAAGUCUGUGAAAGCACCUUUGAACAGUACAAACACACUAGAAAAACUAACACAGCCUGUUCAUCUUUAAAAGGCCUUUUGUUAAAGUGUUUUACAUUUUUGUAAAUAUUUGAUCAUAGUUUGAGGUCUGACAAUGGUCUUGAGGAGAUAAUAUACUGGUAACUUGAUGCCUUGAUCUAAUCCCAGCAUAAUCUCAGCUGUACAUGAGUUUUUUUCACUGACCUUGUCUAGGAGCCAUUUCUCUUAAGAAGACCCUUUCUAGCUCGGAUGAUCAAGAUCAAGUCUUAACAUCUUUUGUACAGUUAGUUAAUCUAAAUGUAUACGAUUAUUUACAUGUGAAUGGAUUACAAAUUUAGAUUCUUGUAAUUCACUAAUGUGGCUUUAGGCAAAGUGUGCAUUUAUUGGGAACUGCUUGUAUAAGACAGUAGUCAAAGUAUAGGGUUUUUUGGUAGGCCUGUGAAAAGUUGUUAGUGACUUAAUAGACCAUAAUUGCCUUUCUUUUCUCUUAUGUUAUUAAUUUUUUUUUUUAAGUUUGUUUUGUUUUAAUUUCCAGAAGUUUCAAAAAUAAUAAUUUCUGCAGAUAGGUGGCACUUUAUUACACACAUGCCUUUUUUGGGCCCUAUAACAGCAAUUUAAACAAUGUCAUUUCAUUUCUGGUUCAUCUCUAGAUAUUGGGCUUCCAUCUACAAAAUCUGUGGAGAAUUACUGCAGUUGUGCCAUCUAUGCCUCUGAAAGAGAGGGAAUUGUAAUGACAUUUCACAGUUUAAUAUAACUUUCUGUGGGCUGAUUCACUAUAUGGAGGAUGUAAUGAAUCGAGGACAUUUCUAAUUUCACUAGUCUUAAAGGGAUAGUUCAUCCAAAAAUGACGAUUCUGUCAAUUAAAAAUUUUCUCACCCUAAUGUUGUUCCAAACCUGAAUGAUUGAUAUUUUUAUAUAUAUAUACACACACACACAUAUAUCUUUUUUUUUAAGAUGAUUUUCUCCAUAAUGUGGCCAUAAUCAGUGGUAACCAAGUUCUGCUUGGUCACCAAUAUUUUUCAAAAGGUUUUUUGUUCUUUUGAAAUCAGUUCAGGUUUGGAACAACUAGAGUACAUUUUGUUUAUUUUGUGUGAACUAUCCAUUUGAGGUCAUGAUUUCAUGUUGAAUUUGUGUUUUCUGUAACAUUGUUUGCACUAAACAAUCAGAUUUUUUUUUUAAAUCCCACCUUAGUCUUUCCAUAAUAAUACUUGAGUUCAGAAUGCCUGAUUUGAAGUAAGGUUUAAGUUCUACAUUGAUUGCAUCACUUGCCUGCCACAACUAAUUUGCUGCUGCAGUUCUGCUUCAAGCACUUUUAUAUUUAGUGUACUAGGGUGAAACACUUUGUUCAUGACAGCAAGAACAAGAAACUUUCUGAAAUUUUAUUUUAUUUUGAGAUUGAUCUACAAAUGUUGAAUGCUUUUGAAAAAAGAAAAUGUAAAUGACUUCUUUCUACAUGUAUCACCAACUUAAUGAAACCAAAUUUUAUGAAACAAAAGCAAAACUUUAAAUUUUUAUUUUUAUGUUUCUAGUUUGUUGAUCUCACUUAAGGAUUAUUUUCUGUGUUGUUGAGGUUCAUACAGGAAGAAUAUCUCACUGUACAGUGCAAUACAUUUUUCAAUAUCC